AUGCUUAAUGAAGCCCAAUUUCAUGGCGCUAAAAGACUUACAGAUUCUCACUUCAGAUUCUACUGGACGCUAUCAUUAGCAAUGCUCUUUAUCGCUGCGGUGACAGUUGUGUAUGAGACCAUUCAACGAUUCUUCAGCGAUCCAACGUUUAUAGCUAAGAAUGAAUCAAUAGACACUUCGAUACAGUUUCCUACAGUGUUAAUAUGCCCGGAAGUCAGCUAUCCUGGACACAAGAUUGAUAAAUUCAUUAGUAAAAUAAAUUUUCCACCGUCACUAAACGUUUCCUACAUCAAAGGUGUUCUCCAACAAUUCUCAGCAUUCGUCUCCCCUGAUGUGGUAUUUAAUCAAGAAGAUUUGGAAAAAGUUCAAGAAUUGCUUGACUUUAACAAUUUAGAUAUUCACCACGCCGGCUUACUUCUUACGCCUUCUUGUGAAGAAACUCUUUUAAGGGAAAUGAGAGAAAAUACAAUCCAUGUCCAAAAUAAGGGUGUGUACGUGGACAGGUUAGGUUUCAACAACGGCUUGACUAUAGCAGUGAACCAAAAGGAAGUAGAUUUGGCUAACAUUGAUCUUCUUUAUAAAUGGGUUGCUAUCGCUACAGGUCAGCACUAUGUUGAUAUAACAGUGAAUGGCACUCCUAUAUCUCCAGGAGAAGAGUUCUGGGUAGGCUACAGCACGCUUGUGAUGCAGGUGUCCGACGAUGCUGUGAGCCUCAGUGCAGACCAAAGAAAAUGUCGCAUGGCUCACGAGCCUCUUCAAUACUUCCCAUUAUAUCAUAAGUAUUAUUUUAUUCUCUCAUCUAAACUCAAAAGAUAUAAAACAGCUCUCAAGUCAUAUUGCUUACUGGAAUGCGAGAUGCGACGUACCAUGAAGCAGUGUCAGUGCUUGAAAGUGGUGCACCCGAACAUACGAGGAGUUCCACUCUGCAGAGCUAACCGCUUAGAUUGCGCUAAGCGUGCCUCAGUCUCCUUUGCAAUGAACGAGUGCAAUUGUCCGCCGACAUGCAACGUUGAGAAAGACGAUUCUUUGUUGUCAACUUAUCAAUUAAUGGCCAAUUCGCAUACCUACGACAGGUUUUAUGAAGAUUUAGACUUAGAGCAGGUCAGUACCGUCCGAGUGUUUGUAGAGAAGCGUAACAAGAAGAUAUUACAACGGAGAUCGUACUUCAAUUGUUUUAACUUAUUUUCGCAAUUGGGUGGAGUGUUUAACGUCUUCUUUGGCUGCAGCAUCCUCACAAUGCUCGAGCUGCUGCUGCUGGCAUCGAGAGCUAUGCGCUUUUGUAUAAAUAAAUACAGAAAUAUC